CACCUCCACUUCCCCGUAACCCCUCUCUUCAUCUCUCUCACUCCUAACUCCCCCAUUGCCAUGACCCAGCUCCACAGAGCCAUGGCCAUGGCCAUGGCCCUCUCCACCACCACCACUCAUCUCCUCCUCUUCCUCUCUCUCUCCUCUCUCUCUCUCUCCUCCUCCUCCCCUCUCCGGGUAUACAUUGUCCGCAUGAGCAAAGCCCACAUGCCCCCUGUCUUCACAACCCAUGACCACUGGUAUGCCUCCGAGCUCCAAACCACCAUCGAUGCUGACGCCAAUGCCGACUCUCGGCUCCUCUACACCUACGAUUCCGCCUUCCAUGGCUAUGCCGCCCUCUUGAGCCCCUACGAAGCCGAAAAGCUGCGGAGUUACGAUUCGGUGUUGGCCGUAUAUGAGGAGUAUGUCUAUGAGCUGCACACCACUCGUAGUCCCGCGUUCCUCGGCCUCGGAGGCUAUGAUGCUCCUGUUGACAUGGCUUCCUUGGACCAGGCCUCGGAGGAUGUCGUGAUAGGUGUACUGGACACAGGUGUUUGGCCUGAGAGCCCAAGUUUCUCCGAUGCCGGCAUGGCGGUUGUCCCUCCUAAGUGGCAGGGGGCCUGUGAGUCAGGCCCAGACUUCCCCGCCUCUGCCUGCAACCGGAAGCUCAUUGGCGCCAGGAGUUUCUCACGAGGAUAUCUUGCGGCCGAGGGGCUGGGGGGCAGCAGCAACAGCUCGAUGGAGAGUGCCUCGCCGAGGGACAGGGAUGGACAUGGCACGCAUACAGCAUCCACGGCUGCUGGCGCAGCCGUCCCGGGCGCCAGCCUCUUCGGGUAUGCGAGGGGCACUGCCCGCGGCAUGGCGCAGCGGGCCCGUGUGGCUGUGUACAAGGUGUGCUGGUCAAGCGGGUGCUUCAGCUCCGACAUCCUUGCUGGGAUGGACCGUGCUGUGACCGACGGAGUCGACGUCCUGUCUCUCUCACUCGGUGGUGGGGCAGCACCAUAUUACAGGGACGCGAUCGCGAUAGGGGCAUUCAGCGCAGCGGAGAAAGGUGUCUUCGUCUCCUGCUCGGCAGGAAACGCCGGCCCCGAUGCCUCGACUCUAGCCAAUGUGGCUCCAUGGAUCGCGACCAUCGGUGCCGGCACUCUCGACCGUGAUUUCCCGGCCUAUGUCCUUCUAGACAACAACCAGCGAUUCACCGGAGUCUCCCUCUACAGUGGGAGAGGCCUGAAGGGGAAACGCCUGAGCAUCGUUUAUGGGCAAUCGUCAGGGCUCAACUCCAGCAACCUCUGCUUGGCUGGGACAUUAGACCCCAAGCUAGUGAGGGGCAAAAUCGUACUUUGCGAUCGAGGCAUUAACGCCCGGGUCGAGAAGGGUGAGGUCGUAAGAUCUGCUGGCGGGGCGGGCAUGAUCUUGGCGAACACGGCUGCAAAUGGGGAGGAGCUUGUGGCGGAUAGCCACCAGUUGCCGGCCGUUGCAGUGGGGAAAAAGGCAGGGGACGAAAUUCGGGCUUACGUGAGGGGUAAAUCAGGGAUCGCGAGGGCGACGCUCGCAAUCCGGGGGACAGUUCUGGGGGUCCGGCCCUCACCGGUGGUGGCGGCGUUCUCGUCGAGAGGGCCAAAUAUGGUGACGCCACAGGUGCUGAAGCCGGACGUUGUCGGACCCGGCGUCAACAUCUUGGCCGGUUGGACCGGGGCGGCCGGGCCUUCCGGAUUGGCAAAGGACAAGAGGAGGACUAAAUUCAACAUCAUCUCAGGGACAUCCAUGUCAUGCCCUCACAUUAGUGGUGUGGCCGCAUUGCUCAAGGCUGCACACCCUGAUUGGAGCCCGGCCGCUAUCAAAUCAGCCCUCAUGACCACCGCCUACACUCGUGAUACCACUGGUUCUCCCCUCAGAGAUGCAGCCACAGGUGGACUAUCAACCCCCCUAGCCCAUGGCUCGGGUCAUGUGGAUCCUCAAAAUGCCCUCGAUCCGGGCCUCAUAUACGACCUUUCUACCUCUGACUACCUUGACUUCCUCUGUUCUCUGAACUACUCAGAUACACAAGUUCGGAUUGUAUCCAAGCAUUCGAACUUCUCUUGCCCAAGAGACAAGGUUUUGGACACUGGAAACCUGAACUACCCCUCAUUUUCGGUGAUUUUUCGGGGGUAUGAGAAGGUGGUUAGGUAUAGUCGGGUGCUCACGAAUGUGGGUGAACCAAGCUCGGUUUAUACAGUUAGUGUGAGCGCACCGGAGGGUGUUGGGAUCACAGUGAAGCCACAAAGGCUUGUGUUUAAGGGGGUGGGCAACAAGCAAGGGUACACGGUCGAAUUUGCGUCCAAGAUCAAGACAUCAGGGCCUAUGGAUUUCGGAUGGAUUUUGUGGUCGAACCAGAAGCACAAGGUCCGUAGCCCCAUCGCCUUUAGCUGGCCUAUGUCCAGCUAGUAAUGUGAGAGAAAGGUUGGGGCCACCAUGAAGAUGAUGCAAUGGCCUACAGGCUUGGUGCUCACAUGUGCAGUGUACGCAUGUGCUGCUCUUCUGCCUCCCUAACCCAUCCCCCGCUCCCCCUUCUCUCUCUCUCUCUACUUUGAUGUAACGAUUACUCUUAAACAGGGUUUAUUUGCCUCUGCUUGUGAUGUAACGAUUACUCUUAAACCGGGUUUAUUUGCCUCUGCUUGUGAUGUAAGCAAGGUCAGGUAUAAAUUUGAUAUAUAAAGCCAUAUACUUAAUGAAAGAAUUACAAGCUUCAAUGGGACGGU